UAGCGGGUUAGGUUUAUAUGUCAACUCGGGUCCUAGAUCUGAUGACUACUUAGUGAGUUCUUGUUAUCUAGCAAUGAAACUGGAAUGCAAGUCUAAACUACCAAACAAACAAAGCAAGUAAACUGUUGUAUUCAGGUUAAGAGAGGUCACCCGGAUAUGGUUCCCCCUAGACUGCAGUUAAGCCGGAUUGUAAUUACCAAGUUCAGUUUCUAUGAAAGUUAUACUGCGGAAGGUUCUUAAAUAGCCUGAAGUCUCGACUAAAGGUCUUCAGACCCUCUCAAUCUGAAUCUCUAGCGGGCGACUAACCUCCACCGGAGUAGACAGAUUGAGGCCCUAAGAACAAAACCUCCACUACCGGAGUAAAUCCGGUACAGAAUAGUGAGUUGGUUCCUCGACUAAUGUCACCAGCUCCCUACCUUCAAUCAAGGAUACUCUAUUAACCUAGGCAGAUAUUCUCAUUCUAGGUCAAAGCAAAAACAACAGGAAUUUGAUCAGGAUUCAAGUCAUUCAAUCAUUCAAACCUCAAUCGAAUAUAAUCAAUCAUAGAAUCAGUACUUGGGUUCAUACAAUCAAAGCCUAACAUACAAAUCUAGGGUUCUCCAUACCCAGAUGAAUGGGAGAACUACUCCAUGGAGAAGAAAGCAAAAGCAAAAUCAGACGCGGAAUUCAUACUGUGAAGGAUGGAUUCCUGCUCCUGGACGUUGAUUGGCACUCCUCCAAGCUCAAGCUGGCCUCCAAUGGUGUUGAAGAUCAAUCUAGGGCACUUGGAGACUCUUGUUCGUCGCUUUCUCUCUCUAGGAAUCGUUUUCUCUCUCAAAAACUCGAAUCCCCUUCUCUUUGGCUGAAAAUCUGCUUAAAAAGGCAUCAGUGGCCAAAGCACGGUCGAGGACACGGCCGUGCUUUGCCUGAGUCCGCCCUUGCCUCGGCCAGGGUUAAUUACAUGGCCAGCAGUUGGGAAGAAACACGGCCGUGCUUCGCGUUGGAUACGGCCGUGUAAUGCUUGAACACGGCCGUGCUUUGUCUCGGCCCUGCCCGUGUAAUCAGCUCAGCUCUCGGCAUAAAAAGCACGGCCACCAGAACACGGCCGUGUAAUGAUUUAGGUGUGCCCGUGUUUUGGCUCCAGCUCACCGAAAUGACUUCCGAAUGCCCCGAAACUCGCGCUUAGCCUUCCCUUUGACACCUGGGACCUGAAACAUGACAAAAUAGCACAACCCGCCAUAAAAUAGGCCACAAUACAUGACUAUGCCCCUCAAACGGAUAAGAACUAGGGGCGCAAAUAUGUGCAAUUACAUCGUUAUCAAACUCCCCCACACUUAACUGUUUGCUUGUCCCCAAGCAAACCUAACUCAAACCAAUGCAACUCUCCAGACCUCUAUAGCAACAAACAACCCAGAUCGUAGGUAGAGGACUUCCUAGAUCAUUUAGCAACUUACGAGGUCAACCGACGCACAAGUCAUCUCAUAGCUUCUUCGGCGAGAGCACUAGUAUCGAGUCGGCAUCAUGGAAAAUAGUGAACAGAGGACAAAUGAAUUGUGGAUGAAGAGAUUCUCAAAAACAAAAGACCAUGGACUCACAUUUUUCAAGGUGCUCUAUUUUCUGCUUAAAGAUGGUUGGAACCCCCUUUUUUUCCUGUUUUGCUUGUUUUCUGAUAUUUUUCUUUUCUUUUGCUUUCAAGGGUCCCAACCUGUUCUUACCGGCCAUGCCAGGAGCGGAUGUCUCGAGCCUCGUGCGGGGGAAAGACAUGUAAGGGGGCUGGAGGUAGUAGGUGGAAAUUGGGAAUGAAUUCCCGUCUCCCCUUACACACUUUCGCCCUAUUCGCACGGGAGACGUUUAUUUUGAAGCACAUUUUCGAGCACCUGUUAUUUUCAAAACAUGACACAAGAGUCCAUGACAGGUAGAAAAUCCACAACAUCACACAAUUCAAGGGUCCUAAGAUCACUAAUUCACUCAAUUAACCAACACAAUAUGAAGAAGAAAUGAGAUUUCUUAAAUGCAUCAACAUCCUCCAUAGUGCUACACUACGUCCCUAGUACUACAACAAAUUCGGCCUAUUAGGACAAAAAAAUUAUUUUGUCAUUUUCGGUUUGUCACAAUAGGUACGUUGAUAUGACAAAAAUAAUAUAUGUCCUAUUUGGUAUGCCUAAUGUGACAAAAUAACUGUUGUCAGAAUAAGUCGUCAUUUAAAGUGAGUAAUGUGGCAAAUAUUUUGUGUCACAAUUAAUUUUGUCAAAAUAGGCGUCCCAUAUCGGGAUGUAAGAGACUCAACAGUGACAAAUUUAUUGUUGUCAGAAUAUUUCGUCAUUUAAAGUGCGUAAUGUGACAAAUACUUUGUGUCACAAUUCAGUUUGUCAAAUUAUGCAUUCCUGAAUUGUUUAAAUGACAAAGUAUUUUGUCACAAUAGAUAGCAAUAAUCCAACGGCGAGCUGACAAAAGGGCAAGUACGUCAUAAUAUAGUGGUUUCGGCUUUGACAAAAGGCAUGUUCGUCAUAAUAUAGUGAUUUUGUAUUU